UCUCUCUCCUCCCCCACCCCGGCCAUAUAUCUUCACCUCUGACCCUUAUCAAAUUUUAACACCAUCUCAACAAAUUCUCUCUCGCCUUCGGUUUUCACUCAUCUCUCUCCGUCUACUCCAAAAACCAAGUCUCACCGCAUCUCUGCUCCAUCUGUUCUAGUGUUUGAUCUGCCCUAGACCAACAGCCCUUGAGUUUCUUGAGCCGUAUAUCUCCUUCAAGAUCACACCCAUCUAUUAUAACAUAGCAAUAUGGAUGGGUUUAACUCUCAAAGGCAAGACUCCAUGAAAAGGAGGUUCCAAGAUAGGAGCUUGCCCAUCUCGUCCAUGGACAACUACUUCGCAAAAGUCAUGGCUGCCGCCGCCACUCCGCCUUCCUCCUCGCCGGCCUUCUUGAAGAACCCUAACAGCAACAGCAACAGCAACAGCAAGAUCCCAAGUUCUAUCGGGUUCGAUGACGAUCUCGUGGCCGCAGUCGUGCCGCCGGUGACGGUGGCCAUCGAGGGCCGCUCGAUCUGCCACCGCAUCAGCCUCCACAAGCACGAGAGCUACCAAAGCCUCGCCAAGGCGCUGAGGCAGAUGUUCGUGGACGAUGCCGAUGUCCCGGACAAGGAUCUCAACCUAUCCAAUGCUGUUCCCGGACACCUUAUUGCCUACGAAGACAUUGAGAAUGAUCUUCUUCUUGCUGGUGACCUCAAUUGGAAGGACUUUGUACGUGUGGCGAAGAGAAUCCGGAUUCUGCCGGUGAAGACGAAUUCGAGGAAAGGAAGAGGAGAAGCAUGAGAGCUGCUGUGUUAGCCUGGACUUUUGUUGAGGGUUUCGGUGUGAUGAAGGCAACCGGAACUUGUAUGAGCUUGAGAGAACCAAAAGGGGGAAAAAAGAAAAAGAAAAAAGAGGAAGAUAUGUUUUGUCUCUUAGGGAUCCAGAUCCAAUGUCCUUUCUAAAUCUUGGGUAUGAACUUUCUUGGCUAUCGUAUUUAUACAGUUCUACUUCGAUUUCUUACUUCUUGUGUUUUUCUCUCAUAACUCAGUUCUAAGUUGAGCCAGUGGAAUUUGUUCUCUCUUUAGACUUUCUUAUUACUUAGGUUUUCUUCUUGUGUCCAAAGAUGGCGAGAGGACUGAAAGCAUGCAAAAUAUCAAAUUUGUUGAUCACCACUCUUCGGAGCUAUACGACUUCGUUAAUCGAUGUUUCACUCCA